GCUUUGUUUUUCUCCUACAGGAAGUUGAAAAGAGACGUCUGUCAAGAUGCCGGAGUACAGUGGCUUAGUGGAUGGCACGGGAAAGGUCUUGAUACUUAAGGACCUUAUUGCAGCUAUCGAGAGGCAUGAGAAAACGUUGAGCAAUGUCCCAAAGGUCGACACCUUCCAUUUCAGUGGAGAGAGGGUCUCAGAUUGGCUGGAUCUGGUGGAGCAAGCGUUAGUGGGGCUAUCGGAUGCAAUAAAGUUCCAGCGCAUCUUGAACUCGUGUGGAGGAGGCCAAGCUCCCCCAGGACAGAUGGUGCCAUAUUGGGGCCUACCGGCAAGUGCAGGGCCACCAAGUUUCCCGGCGACCCAAGUCCAGUUCACGGCCCAGCCUCCCACCUCGCAGCAAGCUUCGCAGGCUAGCGUGGCGGGAGGAGGAGGUCAAGGGCAAGGAGGGCAAGGCAAUGGUGGUCGAAGACAAGGAGGUCGAGGGGGUGGCGACCGAGGAAGGAACGGCGGGGGACGUGGUGGCGACCGAGGAAGGAACGGCGGGGGACGUGGUGGCGGAUGGAAUGGCCAAGGAGGGCAAAAUCAAGGCGGCCAAGGUGGUCAGGAAGGAAGCCAAGGGUAUGGGAGGCCCCACUUCGAUUGGCGGAAUGCCAUUUGCCGACAUUGUGGCAAUGUGGGCCAUACUAUACGAUUUCGCCAGGAACGGCGGGACGAUGAGCUCUCUGGUCUGAUAUCCACAAACAUGGAUGGGGAUAUAUAUGAUAAAUUUGGGCAGUAUAUUGACCCGAAGAUUCAAGGUGGAGUUAGACAGGAUGCCCUUAGGCGAGUGGCGGCAGGGCCGGCGCCUCCGGCAAUGUUCAGAUUAUGGCAGGAAAGGGAGGACCCGCCCGUGAGGGUCGAAGAGGUUAUAGGGGAGAAUGAGGAGGUAACCCAACGAUUGAAGGUUGUGACUAUAAAGGAAGAGCCAACAAUCGUUGAGUCAGACGACGAGGACUCAAGGGAGGUGGAAGAGUCGGGCUUGACGAUUCUGGAGAAAAUGGAGGACCUGCCGCGGAAGGUGGGGAGGUACUAGCAAAAGCUGAAGGAAUUGUGUGAUAAGGUUCAGGAAUGGAAGACCGACCUUCCAAGAGU